AUGGGUUCAGAUACAGAAUUCGGUGCUAUGCCCCCGCCACCCACGGCACCUUAUACGACAGAUACCAAUCCAGGCAUGAUCAACGAGACACAAAAUACGCAGAUAUUAGAUAUACCGGCAGAGAGUGUUACAUUUUUACGGGAAGGACUGGAUAACAAUGUCUUCAUACCGUCUAUGACCUAUGCAUCUAGUUCAAGCGAACUGUCGUCGGUAUCCUCAAUAUCUACCCACGAGGGCCACAAUUCAACGAUGAUCGCAUGUGGUGAGGGACCAAAUAUCAAGGCAAAGGAGUUUAAUAUAGCGGCAGCAAAACCUGAGCUCCCGUUGAAAUAUUCAAACUCUCUCACGGGUUGGAGAAAUAUCGCACCCGCUCCUCCAUCCCCUGCAACCGCGCUGUCACCAUCUACGGCCACCAUUGCUCCAGGUUUUACUAUAGGGGCCACUUCGAGCACAGUGGGGUCUACAGUACCCAUUGUGUCAACACCAAAAGCAAACCUCUCUAAACCAAUAUCACGGCGUCGUAGAACAACUGGAGGCGCGAAGCAACGAAAUUCUCGAAAAUCUGGCAGAUAUGGCGACCGUAAUGACGACGAGGGGGUUAUUAAAGCGGAGGACACAGGCUCAGAUGAGUCCUCCGACGCUCAGCUAACAACUACACAGACAAAAUCAGGACGCCAGAUCCACAGGCCAACUAUGUUCACUCCGGAGCAGGUCCAGAAAAAAUCUGUUAGUCCCGAUACGAAUCAUCAACAACCUCCACGGAAACGAAGAAGAGUGUACCGCAAAGGCAAAGAAGUUAAUGUGGUAUGUCUUCGCUGUGAUAGAGGACAUAGUCCAAGAUGUAAUGCUAUCGUGUUCUGUGACGAUUGCAACGCACCUUGGCAUCAGUUUUGCCAUGAUCCGCCGAUUGGAGAUGAUGUUGUCUCCGUGAAGAACAAGGAGUGGUUUUGCGGAGAAUGUCGACCUAUCGAUACGUCUCUUGAUCUAACCCUCAAGCCAAAUGGACAAACUCGCGAACAGAAUGGUCUACGCACGUCGAUUUCACCGUCUAUGCAAACAAGCGGGCCACAAACCCCUACAUUACUUGCGGGAUCUCAACUUAGUCGUGUAGAGAAAAGGAGCUACCUUUCCAGUUUAUCUCGUGCUGCUCUAGUCAAUCUACUUGUCGAUAUAUCAGACUCCAGACCAGAUAUCCCUAUAUUCCCUGCAAAUCUGAAUGAACUCAACACAGCAUCUUUUAGCUCCAGCGCGUCGACGGUAUCAUCCUCAACCGUUCCAAACGGAUCGGCUGGGGGUUCGCAACAAUGUAAGAUAUUGGGACAGGCCACAACAUCAACUCCACCGUCGUCGAAAUGGCCGUCUGAAAGCAUUCCCGCUAGCACGAGGAAUGGUAUCGGAGAGAAUAGCGAUGAAGAGGAAGUAGAAGAACACCGUUUAUAUCCAAAACCAGGCAACGGGUUCCGACUUCCUCCUGAUUCUGAAGAUAUUGACAUGCUUCUCGAGGACCCGUCUAGCACCACUUUCAGUCAUGCACUUCAUGGGUCUGCUAAGGCGGUGGCGGAAAGCAGUCACAUACAGGUCGUUGGUGGGAUAGCUUAG